AUGUACCAUUUUGGUGCUGGGUUCUCGGUUUGGUCGGCUGUUAUGCCGACCAAACCGAGAACUCAGCCCAAAGUGGUACAAAGCAGGGCUGGCUCUUAUCUCCUCUGGGACCGGAAGGAAGGUCCCGGAGGAGAUGAAGAGAAGAAGAUGAGAAGAAGAAGUAAGAGAAGAAGAGCAAGAAGAAGAUGAAGAAAGAGAAGAGGAAGAAGAAGAAGAAAGAGAAGAAGAAGGAGAAGAAGACAAAGAAGAAGAAGAAGAAGAAGAAAAAGAAGAAGAAGAAGAAAAAAGAAGAAGAAGAAGAAGAAGAAAAAGAAGAAGUAAGAGAAGAAGAGCAAGAAGAAGAUGAAGAAAGAGAAGAGGAAGAAGAAGAAGAAAGAGAAGAAGAAGGAGAAGAAGACAAAGAAGAAAAAGAAGAAGAAGAAAAAGAAGAAGAAGAAGAAAAAGAAGAAGAAGAAGAAGAAGAAAAAGAAGAAGUAAGAGAAGAAGAGCAAGAAGAAGAUGAAGAAAGAGAAGAGGAAGAAGAAGAAGAAAGAGAAGAAGAAGGAGAAGAAGACAAAGAAGAAGAAGAAGAAGAUGAUGAAGAAAUAGAAGAGGGAGAAGAAGAAGAGGAAGAUGAUGAAGAAAUAGAAGAGGGAGAAGAAGAAGAAGAAAGAGAAGAAAGAGAAGAAAAGAAGAGAAGAAGAAGAAGACGAAGCACGAUGGAGAAGAAGAAGAGUUUGAUCCGAGAAGAGGAAGAAGAAUCGUCACCCUACCAUCGUUUUACAAAUGAGAUAUGA